GAUUCGGAUGCGAAAGUGCAUCGGCAGUCGGGGCGUCGGGCACUUCUAUCUCCCGCGAUCAAGCCACAAUGUGGCGAAUCCACAAGUAAACACCAGGCUUACGCACCGUAGAAGCCUGUCGACGUCCAUGUCAGUCAGCAACCACCAAAGACAAAACAUGAUUUUCUUUCAGGAAUGCAGUAGAACGUUCCGCGGUCGACUAUUUCCCGCUUAACAAUACAGGCUUCUCGGGGCCUCGAGGGGCGGUUGGCUGUGGUGCUGGAAUGGUGACUGGUCUCUGAAGUCGCCUCCGUGUGAGUGUGUGAGUGUGUGUGCGUACGCGUCCAUUCUGCCUGGAUCUAGGUAGGGAUAUAUAUAUAUUGCUCUUUCUUCUGCUUUGUGUAUCUCGUUCUUUGUCCAUCAUCAACAAUCACUUCUCUCACUCACCUACAUACAUCUAUCUCAACCAAGUCAUCGGAAUCACAACAACACAAACAUGCCCUCCAUCCAAUACCUCAACCAAACUGCCCCGUUCUGGGACUUCAUCGCCAACAUGGAAGAGCAAGGCUCGCAGCACCCGUUCUUCAAUGCCCAACGAGGCCGUCACGAAGGCGGACAGCAACACCCUUUCGCCUGGGGCUUCGGCGGUCCUCGCGCAUUCCACCACGGCCCGCCUCCCCCCCCAGGUCCCGGCAACGCAGACUACAUCCCACCACCUCCUCCUCCUCCACCGCCUCGCGGCGCAGAAGGCAUUCCACCACCUCCAGACGCCCCCCAACACGGCCCCUUGCCUCACCACCCACACCCACACCCACACUCCCACCCACGCGGUGGCUGCCACGGCCGACGGGGCCACGGCUUCGGCGGACGAGGAGGACGCGGCGGUCCAUUCGGCGGCUUCCCCAUGGGCGGCCUGGGCGCAUGGCUAAACAGCUUGGCCGACGACGAGAACACAAACGGCAACACGCGUGAGGCCACCGCGCAGGAAGACUUCGAGCCCGAGGCCGACGUGUUCGACACCGAGGCCUCCUUCGUCGUGCACGUCUCCCUUGCCGGCGCCAAGAAGGAAGACGUCGGCGUCAGCUGGGACGCCGAGAAGUCCGAGUUGAGCAUCGCGGGCGUCAUCCAUCGGCCUGGUGACGAGGACUUUGUCAAGACGCUGGCCUUGAAUGAGAGGCGUGUUGGCGCGUUUGAAAGGAAGGUGCGAUUGGGGAGCAGGGCGAACCCGGCGCCUGUGGACGCGGAUAUGAUUACUGCGAAGCUCGAGGAUGGGAUCCUGAGAGUUGAUGUGCCGAAGUUGGAUAAGGACUAUGUCGAGAUCAAGAAGGUCGAUAUCGCAUAGACGACCUGAUCAGAGCACAGCGCUGGAGGAUGGUGUUUUGGAGUCUGGACAUACCCAUGUAGGGUCGGAGCGAUUAUAUAACAAAUAAAUAAAAGAAAAAAAAUUUUGGUCAUUUCUCGAAUAGUAACUGAUUCGUUGCUGUCCUCGUGUACACUACAUGUUUGAAUUCAUGCCGUGGGGAGAAAAGGUAGAGUAUUGUCUGCAUACCUGGUAAAAGGCCAGUUGUCUGAGACGAAACUCUCUUCGUAACUGUGACCAUGACAAGGUCAGGUCGAUCUCCCGAUCUAUGGUGACUGAAAGUACGAAGGCUGUUUUCGUCUAUACAAUGCUAUGUACUUAUUCCUAUGUUGGUUCAAUAGCACUGCAGUCAUUCCAUGCACUACGCAUGGCAAAUAGAUUUUGCGACGUGCCUGUCGAGCGCGUUUACCCUUGCGAGGUU